AUGAAAAAGAUAUUUUAUUUCAACUGUUUUAUAGGACCUCAUUCUGGUCAAAAUGGUCCAUGGCCUAGUGGAUUUGGUGGCCCUAAUGGGUUUGGACCUGGCAAUGGAUUAGGCCCAGGCGGUAAUGGACUAGGACCAGGAGGUAAUGGAUUAGGACCAAAUGGACUGCCUGCAGGACAUGGACUUGGACCUAAUGGAUUAGGUCCUGGGGAUGGAUCAGGAUUUGGACCAGAUGGGCAUGGAUUCCCACUUGGACUUGGACAUGGAGGACCUGGAUCAGGACCAGGGGGACCAUUUGGACCUGGGCAACCAUUUGGACCAGGAGGACAAUUUGGACCAGGAGGACCUGGAUCAGGACCAGGAGGACCAUUUGCACCUGGGGGACCAUUUGGACCAGGAGGACCAUUUGGACCAGGAGGACAAUUUGGACCAGGACACGGACCUGGGGGAGAACCAUUUGGACCAGGGGGACCAUUUGGACCUGGAGGACCAUUCGGACCAGGAGGACCAUUAGGACCUGGAUCAGGAUCAGGAGGACCUGGAUCAGGACCAGGAGGACCAUUUGGACCUGGGGGACCAUUUGGACCAGGAGGACCAUUUGGACCAGGGGGAGAAUUUGGACCAGAAAACACUGGACCUGGAGGACCAUUUGGACGAGGGGGACCAUUCGGACCAGGGGGACCAUUUGGGCCAGGAGGAGAAUUUGGACCAGGAGGACCUGGAUCAAGACCAGGAGGACCAUUUGGACCUGGGGGACCAUUUGGACCAGGAGGACCAUUUGGACCAGGAGGAGAAUUUGGACCUGAAAACACUGGACCUGGAGGACCAUUUGGACCAGGAGGUCCAUUUGGACCAGGAGGACCAUUUGGACCAGGAGGGCCUGGAUCAAGACCAGGAGGACCAUUUGGACCUGGGGGACCAUUUGCACCAGGGGGGCCAUUUGGACCAGGAGGAGAAUUUGGACCAGAAAAUAGUGGACCUGGAGGACCAUUUGGACCAGGGGGACCAUUUGGACCAGGAGGGCCAUUUGGACCAGGACACGGAGGACCUGGAGGAGGACCAUCUAGAAAUAGGGGAGGACCAGGAAAUGGAAGAGGACCAUUUGGGCCAGGAAAUGGGAGAGGACCUGGAAGAGGAGGUCCACUUAAUGGAAGAAAUAAUUUAGGCCCUGGCAAUACUGGGCUUGAAGGUCCGCUUACUGGUCCACUUGCGAAUAUUUUCCCCGAUGGAUUAUCGGGAAACCCAAAUAUGACAGCUUUAUGUGCGCUUUGCGAUAAAAGCAAUCUUACUGGUCCCUUAGGCCCAGGCAAUGGGCUGGGACCUGGCGGCAGCACAGGAGCGCAACCUGGAGAUGGCAAAGCAGUUCCAUUGGAUUGUAUUACUAGUCCUUGGGGAUCAUGGAGUGGACCAGAUCAAACUGGAACCUUUUCUAGAGUCAGAUUCGUAAAGAGACCUCCUAUUAACGGUGGAAAGAAAUGUCCCGACCUCAUUGAACAAAAGAAAGUUGCUCUUGACUGCAUUGUCAGUGACUGGGCACCAUGGACAAAACCAGAUCAAACUGGAACCAUUACACGUAUCCGUAUGCAGGUCAGACCUUCUGUCAAUGGCGGAAAAGAUUGUCCAAACAUGAUAGAAUCCAAGAAAGAACCCUUACCAUGUAUUGUUGGUGAAUGGGGACCAUGGAGUGCUACAGAUGACACUGGUGGCUCUUCUCGUGUUCGUAACGUUGUCAGAAUCAACAUCAAUGGUGGACCUGAAUGUCCAGAAUUGAUUGAAAAUAAGAAAAAUCCAUUGCCAUGUAUUAUGUCUACCUGGUCUAGCUGGGUUGGUCCUGAUGCUUCUGGUACUUUGUAUAGAUACAGACAUGUCAUUAGACCUUCCAUGAAUGGUGGAGAGAAAUGUGAUGAUCUCAUAGAGCUUAAGAAAGGACCACUACCAUGUAUUAUGUCUGACUGGACCGCAUGGAGUGCACCUGAUGCCACAGGAAGUAGAUACAGAGUAAGAUAUGUUAUCAGACCUGCAUUGAAUGGAGGCAAAGAAUGUGAAGAUGAUGAUCUCAUGGAUACUACCAAAGUUCCACUACCAUGUAUUAUGUCUGAAUGGACAACAUGGAGUGCACCUGAUGCCACAGGAACCAAAUACAGAGUAAGAUACAUGAUCAGACCUCCACUUAAUGGAGGCGAGAAAUGUGACGACCUCAUUGAGAUUGGCAAAGUACCUCUGCCAUGUAUCAUGGGUCCAUGGUCUAGUUGGGUCGGACCAGACCAGACUGGAACUAUGUACAGAUACAGACAAGUAAUUAGACCAGCUCUUAAUGGUGGUGAAAAAUGUGACGACUUGAUGACAGUCAAGAAAGUCUCUCUACCAUGUAUUGUUGGGGACUGGACUGCCUGGAGUCAACCAGAUCCAUCUGGAUCUAGAUACAGGUAUAGACCAGUGCUUCGUCCAGCUCUUAAUGGCGGAAAAGAUUGUCCAGAAGAACUUAUUGACACUACCAAAGUACCUCUGCCAUGUAUCAUGAGUGACUGGAGUAGCUGGGUUGGACCAGAUGCCACAGGAACCAUGUACAGAGUCAGAUAUGUAAUCAGACCUGAUCUCAAUGGUGGCAAGAAAUGUGAUGAUCUUCUGGACCUCAAGAAAGUACCACUGCCAUGUAUUAUGGGUCCAUGGACUGAAUGGAGUAAACCUGAUGAAUCUGGAACAAGAUACAGAGUUAGACCAAUGCUAAGACCUCCACUUAAUGGUGGAAAAGAAUGUGAUGACCUCCUUCAAAUUGGCAAAGUACCACUCCCAUGUAUCAUGUCUGACUGGACAGCAUGGAGUGCACCUGAUGCCUCUGGAGCUAGUUACAGAGUAAGAUAUGUGAUCAGACCUGACUUGAAUGGUGGAAAGAAAUGUGAUGAUGAUCUUCUUCAAAUUAACAAAGAACCACUGCCAUGUAUCAUGUCUGACUGGUCUAGCUGGGUUGGACCUGAUGCUUCAGGAACAAGAUACAGAGUAAGAUAUGUCAUAAGACCUGCUUUGAAUGGUGGAAAAGAAUGUGAAGAUGUAAUGCAACUUACCAAAGUACCACUGCCAUGCAUUGUCAGUGACUGGACCGAAUGGACUAAACCUGAUGCCAGUGGAGCCUCAUACAGAGUAAGAUAUGUGAUCAGACCUGGUUUGAAUGGUGGAAAAGAUUGCCCAGAAGAUGUUAUGCAACUUAAGAAAGAACCACUGCCAUGUAUCAUGAGUGACUGGUCCGCUUGGAGUUCACCAGAUGAAACAGGAACCACAUACAGAGUCAGAUAUGUAAUCAGACCUGCUCUUAAUGGUGGUAAAGAAUGUGAAGAUCUUUUACAACUCAACAAAGUACCACUGCCAUGCAUUGCUGGUCCUUGGUCUGAAUGGAGCAAACCUGAUUCCACUGGAACCAGAUAUAAAUCCAGAAUGACAUUGAGACCUAAUUUGAAUGGAGGAAAAGAAUGUCCAGAUCUUCUUCAAUUAACUAAAGUACCUCUGCCAUGUCUGAUGAGCCCAUGGACUGCAUGGACUAAACCAGACGCCACAGGAACCACAUAUAGAGUAAGAUAUGUACUCAGACCUUCUGUUAAUGGUGGUAAAGAAUGUGAAGACCUUAUGGAACUCAACAAAGUACCAUUGCCUUGUAUUAUCAGUGAAUGGACAUACUGGAGCAAACCUGAUGCCACAGGAUCUAGAUACAGAGUUAGAUAUGUGGUCAGACCUGGACUUAAUGGUGGAAAAGAAUGUGAAGAUCUCAUGGAAAUCAGCAAAGUACCAUUGCCAUGCAUUGUCAGUGAAUGGACAGCUUGGAGUGCACCUGAUGCGACAGGAGGCAGAUACAGAGUCAGAUAUGUGAUCAGACCUGGUCUAAAUGGUGGCAAAGAAUGUCCAGACCUCAUUGAGAUUACCAAAGAACCACUGCCAUGUUUUAUGAGUGACUGGAGUAAAUGGGUUGGACCAGAUGCAUCUGGAACUAUGUACAGAUACAGAUAUGUUGUCAGACCUGCUCUUAAUGGUGGCAAAGAAUGUGAAGAUCUUCUUCAACUCAAGAAAGUACCACUUCCAUGUCUCAUGUCUGACUGGACCGAAUGGAGUGCACCUGAUGCUACAGGAUCAAGAUACAGAGUAAGAUAUGUGAUAAGACCAGCCCUUAAUGGUGGAAAAGAAUGUGAAGAUCUCUUGCAGAUUGGCAAAGUACCAUUGCCAUGUAUUAUGUCUGACUGGUCCGCAUGGAGUGCACCUGAUGCCACAGGAUCUACUUAUAGAGCUAGAUAUGUAAUCAGACCUGGUCUCAAUGGCGGCAAAGAAUGUGAAGAUUUACUUCAAAUUAAAAAAGUACCAUUGCCAUGCAUCAUUUCCGACUGGACCACAUGGAGUGCACCUGAUGCCUCAGGAACCAGAUACAGAGUUAGAUAUACCAUCAGACCUGCUUUGAAUGGUGCUAAAUGUGGAGAAGAUCUAAUUGAUGUUGCCAAAGUACCACUGCCAUGUAUCAUGUCUGACUGGUCUGACUGGAGUGCACCUGAUUCCACAGGAACAAGAUUCAGAGUAAGGUACAUGAUCAGACCUCCACUUAAUGGUGGCAAAGAAUGUGACGAUCUCAUCCAACUUGGCAAAGUACCACUUCCAUGUCUUAUGUCUGACUGGACCACAUGGAGUGCACCUGAUGCUACAGGAACCAGAUACAGAGUAAGAUAUAUGACAAGACCUGCAUUGAAUGGCGGCAAAGAAUGUGAAGACCUCAUCCAACUUGGCAAAGUACCACUUCCAUGUAUUAUGGGACCUUGGAGUAAAUGGGUGGGACCAGAUGCAACUGGUACCGUGUACAGAUUCAGAAUGAUGGUACGACCAGCUCUUAAUGGCGGAAAAGAAUGUGAAGAUCUUAUUCAACUCAAGAAAGAACCACUUCCAUGUAUUGUGUCUGACUGGACCGAAUGGAGUGCACCUGAUGCUACAGGAUCAAGAUACAGAGUAAGAUAUAUGGUUAGACCAGCACUUAAUGGCGGAAAAGAAUGUGCAGACCUCAUACAGAUUGGCAAAGUACCACUUCCAUGUAUCAUGUCCGACUGGACCGACUGGAGUGCACCUGAUGCCACAGGAACCUCAUACAGAGUAAGAUAUGUCCUUAGACCUGCCCUCAACGGCGGCAAAGAAUGUGAAGAUCUCAUGCAACUCAAAAAAUUACCACUGCCAUGUAUCAUGAGUGAAUGGACCGCAUGGAGUGCACCUGAUGCCACAGGAACCACAUACAGAUCAAGAAUGGUACUCAGACCAGCUCUUAAUGGUGGAAAAGAAUGUGAAGAUCUUCUCCAACUCAACAAAGUACCACUGCCAUGUAUUGUUGGUGACUGGACCACAUGGUCAGCACCUGAUUCCACUGGAGGCAGAUUCAGAUUCAGAAUGACUUUGAGACCAGCAUUGAAUGGAGGAAAAGAAUGUCCUGACCUUCUACAAAUAAGCAAAGUACCUCUGCCAUGUCUUAUGAGCCCAUGGACUGCAUGGACUAAACCAGAUGCUUCUGGAACAAUAUACAGAGUUAGAAUGGUACUCAGACCUGCUCUUAAUGGUGGCAAAGAAUGUGAAGACCUUAUGCAACUUAACAAAGUUCCACUGCCAUGUAUCAUGAGUGAAUGGACAGCAUGGACCAAACCUGACGCAUCAGGAACUGUAUUCAGAGUCAGAUAUGUAGUCAGACCAUCAGUUAAUGGUGGCAAAGAAUGUGAAGAUCUUCUCCAACUUAAGAAAGACAAACUGCCAUGUAUCAUGAGUGACUGGAGUGCAUGGUCCAAACCUGAUGCUUCAGGAACCAGAUUCAGAGUAAGAUAUGUGAUCAGACCUUCACUUAAUGGUGGAAAAGAAUGUGAAGACCUUCUUCAAAUCGGCAAAGUACCUCUGCCAUGUAUUAUGAGUGACUGGUCCGAUUGGAGUGCACCAGAUGCAACAGGAACAUCAUACAGAGCCCGAUAUGUUAUCAGACCUGCUCUCAAUGGUGGCAAAGAAUGUGAAGACCUUCUCCAAGUUAAGAAAUUACCUCUGCCAUGUAUCAUGAGCGAAUGGACUGCAUGGAGUGCACCUGAUGCCACAGGAACCACAUACAGAGUUAGAAUGGUACUCAGACCAGCUCUUAAUAGCGGCAAAGAAUGUGAAGAUCUUAUGCAACUCAACAAAGUACCACUACCAUGUAUUGUCAGUGACUGGACCACAUGGUCAGCACCUGAUGCUACAGGAUCAAGAUACCGAGUCAGAUAUACAGUCAGACCAGCACUUAAUGGUGGAAAAGAAUGUCCAGAUCUCAUGCAGAUUGCCAAAGUACCACUUCCAUGUAUCAUGUCCGACUGGACUGCAUGGGCUGGACCUGAUGCCACUGGAACAUUCUACAGAUACAGAUAUGUUGUAAGACCUGCUCUUAAUGGCGGCAAAGAAUGUGACGACCUUCUACAACUUAAAAAGGGACCAUUACCAUGUAUCAUGUCCGACUGGACAGCAUGGAGUGCACCUGAUGCCACAGGAACAAGAUACAGAGUAAGAUAUGUUGUCAGACCAGCAUUGAAUGGUGGAAAAGAAUGUGAAGAUCUCAUCCAAAUUGGCAAAGUACCACUGCCAUGUAUUGUCAGUGAAUGGACCGCAUGGUCAGCACCUGAUGCUACAGGAACAAGAUAUAGAGUCAGAUACACACUCAGACCUGCACUUAAUGGCGGAAAAGAAUGCCCAGAUCUCAUCCAAAUUGGCAAAGUACCACUGCCAUGUCUUAUGAGUGACUGGACCAAAUGGAGUGCACCUGAUGCCACAGGAACAAUUUACAGAUAUAGAUAUGUUGUCAGACCUGCUCUUAAUGGUGGCAAAGAAUGUGAAGAUCUUCUUCAACUCAAAAAAGUACCACUUCCAUGUAUCAUGUCCGACUGGACAACAUGGAGUGCACCUGAUGCUACAGGAUCUAGAUAUAGAGUAAGAUAUAUGGUCAGACCUGCUUUGAAUGGUGGAAAAGAAUGUGACGACCUCAUUCAACUUACUAAAGUACCUCUGCCAUGUCUUAUGAGUGACUGGACCAAAUGGAGUGCACCGGAUGCCACAGGAACCACAUACAGAUACAGAUAUGUUGUCAGACCAGCUCUUAAUGGCGGCAAAGAAUGUGAAGACCUUCUUCAACUCAAAAAAGUACCACUACCAUGUAUCAUGUCCGACUGGUCUGCAUGGAGUGCACCUGAUGCUACUGGAACCACAUACAGAUUUAGAAUGGUACUCAGACCUGCCCUCAAUGGCGGCAAAGAAUGUGAAGACCUUCUCCAACUCAACAAAGUACCUCUGCCAUGUCUCAUGAGUGAUUGGACCAAAUGGAGUGCACCUGAUGCAACAGGAACCACAUACAGAUAUAGAUAUGUUGUCAGACCUGCUCUUAAUGGUGGCAAAGAAUGUGAAGACCUUAUGCAACUCAAGAAAGUACAACUGCCAUGUAUCAUGAGUGACUGGACCAAAUGGACUGCACCUGAUGCCACAGGAACCACAUUCAGAGUUAGAAUGGUAGUCAGACCUGCUCUUAAUGGUGGCAAAGAAUGUGAAGACCUUAUGCAACUCAAAAAAGUACAAUUGCCAUGUAUUGUCAGUGAAUGGACCGCAUGGUCAGCACCUGAUGCUACAGGAACAAGAUAUAGAGUCAGAUACACACUCAGACCUUCACUUAAUGGCGGAAAAGAAUGCCCAGAUCUCAUGCAGAUCGGCAAAGUACCACUGCCAUGUAUCAUGAGUGACUGGACCGCAUGGACAGCACCUGAUGCCACUGGAACAGUCUACAGAGUUAGAUAUGUUGUCAGACCUGCUCUAAACGAAGGCAAAGAAUGUGAAGACCUCAUGCAACUCAGAAAAGUACCACUUCCAUGUAUUGUCAGCGAUUGGUCAACAUGGUCAGCACCUGAUGCCACAGGAACUAGAUUUAGAUUCAGAUAUACAGUCAGACCUGCACUUAAUGGUGGCAAAGAAUGUCAAGAUCUCCUCCAAAUUGGCAAAGUACCACUGCCAUGUAUCAUGAGUGAUUGGACCGCAUGGAGUGCACCUGAUGCCACAGGAACCAUAUACAGAUUCAGAAUGGUAGUACGACCUGCUCUGAAUGGUGGCAAAGAAUGUGAAGAUCUUCUACAACUUAAAAAAGUACCUCUGCCAUGUAUUAUGUCUGACUGGUCCGCAUGGAGUGCACCUGAUGCCUCAGGAACAAUAUACAGAGUAAGAUAUGUUGUCAGACCUGCUCUUAAUGGAGGCAAAGAAUGUGAAGACCUCAUGCAACUCAACAAAGUACAACUGCCAUGUAUUAUGUCUGACUGGACUGCAUGGACAGCACCUGAUGCCACUGGAUCAAGAUUUAGAUACAGAUAUAUGGUCAGACCUGCACUUAAUAGCGGCAAAGAAUGUGCCGAUCUCUUACAGUUAGCUAAAGUACCACUGCCAUGUAUCAUGAGUGACUGGACCGCAUGGACAGCACCUGAUGCCACUGGAACAGUCUACAGAGUUAGAUAUGUUGUCAGACCUGCUCUUAACGAAGGCAAAGAAUGUGAAGACCUCAUGCAACUCAGAAAAGUACCACUUCCAUGUAUUGUCAGUGACUGGUCAGCAUGGUCAGCACCUGAUGCUACAGGAUCAAGAUAUAGAGUUAGAUACAUGGUCAGACCAGCACUUAAUGGUGGAAAAGAAUGUGCAGAUCUUAUGCAACUCACCAAAGUGCCAUUGCCUUGCAUCAUGAGUGAAUGGACUAAAUUCUCAGCACCUGAUGCCACAGGAACAAUUUACAGAUACAGAUAUGUUGUCAGACCUGCUCUUAAUGGCGGCAAAGAAUGUGAAGAUCUUCUUCAACUCAAAAAAGUACCACUUCCAUGUAUCAUGUCUGGCUGGUCUGACUGGAGUGCACCAGAUGCUUCAGGAUCAAGAUUCAGAGUAAGAUAUGUUUUGAGACCAGCAUUGAAUGGCGGCAAAGAAUGUGAAGAUCUCAUCCAACUUGGCAAAGGCUUGACAAAAAGACACAAUAGUGACUUUCUCAUUGUUAAAGACCAUAUCUGA